UGUUUUAACUUUUUUAUUAUAAAAAUCAAUUCAAAGAUUUUAUAGCUAAAUUCUACUCUUUUAAUUAACUCCAGAAUUAACUUUCGUCCUUAGCAGAGUGAGUUAAAUGUGCGGACGAGGUCAAAGUUCAUAAGUCAAUAUAUUCAACAACAUUUGAAGAUGAAUGGUAUGAAAACCUGUUAACUUCAUAAGACUUUUCUCAUAUUAAUAUAGUCGAGAGAAUAUGACUGAUACAGAUUUACAUGAGGCAUGUGGUGUGUUUGGAUGUGUAGCUACAGGUACAUGGCCAACACAGUUAGACGUGGCUCAUACUAUUUAUCUUGGUUUAGUUGGCUUACAACACAGAGGACAAGAGAGUGCUGGUAUUGUAACAAGUUUGGGUGCUGAGGAUUCCAAGUUUAAAACCAAGAAAGGUAUGGGACUGGUAACACAUAUCUAUGCAGAGGAAGACAUUGCUAAGCUGAAAGGCAAUAUAGGAAUUGGUCAUACUAGGUAUUCCACACAGGGAGAGUCUGAGAUACAGAAUAUACAGCCAUUUGUUGUAGAAACAGAACAUGGUCUGAUAGCUGUAGCACAUAAUGGGGAACUGGUAAAUGCUAAAUCAUUGAAGAAGAAGUUGUUGCGACAUGGUGUUGGUUUAUCCACAGGAUCAGACAGUGAGCUAAUCACACAGUUAUUGACACAUUUACCUGAGUGUGGAGAACCACAAGGUCUUGUCAACUGGGUUGGCAGAAUUAAAAGAAUCAUGGCAGAAACUCUGACAUCAUACUCCUUAGUAAUCAUGCAUCAUGACAAGAUCUAUGCUCUGAGAGAUCCCUUUGGAAACCGUCCACUGUGUAUAGGUAAACUGUAUCCUGCAGCAGCAUUCUCUGGGAAGAAAGUUAUAUCAGAUGAUGAUGUUGAUGGAUGGGUGGUGUCCUCAGAAUCAUGUAAUUUCAACAGUAUGGGGGCUAGAUAUUACAGAGAAGUUUUACCUGGAGAAGUGAUAGAAUUAAGUAAAGAUGGUGUUAAGUCAGUGUAUAUAGCUCCCAGACCAAACAAGGCACCACCUGCAUUCUGUAUAUUUGAGUAUGUUUACUUUGCUAGAACUGACAGUACAUUUGAAGGUCAGAUGGUAUAUACUGUUCGACAGAGAUGUGGUAGACAGCUGGCAGAAGAGGCUCCCGUCAAUGUUGAUAUUGUCAGUACAGUACCAGAAUCUGCUACUCCGGCUGCACUGGCUUAUGCAGAAAAGCUUGGAAUACCAUAUGGUGAAGUUUUCUGUAAAAACAGAUACAUAGGAAGAACAUUCAUACAGCCAAAUAUGAGACAGAGGAAGCUGGGUGUAGCUAAAAAGUUUGGUGUACUGACAGAAAAUUUCCGUGGAAAAAGAGUUGUACUAAUAGAUGAUUCCAUUGUUAGAGGUGUUACCAUGGUACCAAUUGUCAAACUACUCCGAGCUGAAGGAGCUGCAGAGAUUCAUAUAAGAAUUGCAUCACCACCAAUCAAGUAUCCCUGUUACAUGGGCAUUAAUAUCCCAACAUUUCAAGAACUUGUAGCUAAUGUUGUUCCUCUGAAAGAUAUGCCAGCACAUUUUGGUGCAGACAGUUUACAGUAUUUAUCGGUGGAUGGAUUGAAGAAAGCAGUGACAGAAGGGAUAAAGAAUCCUAAUGGUUCAACGGGGCAUUGUGUAGCAUGUUUAACAGGGGAAUAUCCUGUCAAGUGUGAUGACUGGUAGAUGUUAUUCAACUAGCAUUGUAAUUAAAUUAUGUUGAUGGUUAUGCUUACAUUAUUAGGGUUCCUGUCAAUAUGUUAUUUUGGGGGAAUGUCUCUAGGAAAACAUAUGUAAGAUAAAGAUAGUUCUAAAAUUUUCCAAUCUCAAAAGAUAAAAUAAAUAUUUUUAUUAAGGUAUAAACAAUGUUGCAUGUCUACAGAGAGAGAGAAUGGCAAGUAUUUACAAAUUGAAAGAUGAUUAAAGUUUCCUUUGUUAUUAAUAGAAAUGAAAUGAAAUUACUUAAAAAAAGUCUAAGUUUCGUGAAAGAUUGUUUGAUAUGUUUACUAUAUCUAUAAGGGUAGGGUUGGAUCCAGCCAUUUAAAAAAAAGGGGGGGUGUCCCAACCCAGAGUAAAGGGGGAGAGAGGGUCCAAGUAUAUGCUCCCAUUCAAAUGCAUUGAUUGUCCAAAAACAAGGUUGAACCCCUGGACCCCCCUCCCCCUGGAUCCGCCACUGAAGGGUUGCUACUCACAAUUUCAUACAUCACACCCAUGAUUUGCAAUUUGCUAUGUUGUUUAUAAUAAGUGCUGCGUGAAACACUAUUUAUGUUACAUGAUCUUAUUGGUAAAAUGACAAUUAUGCCAAGUUAACAAACACCAAUUUUAUCACGGUAGCAAUGUUUGAUGGAUCUUUAGAAUAAAUGCAUCUUCCUGAACCCAUUGAAAAGUUUUUUCUUGGUGUUUUGUAUUUGUAAUGAUUUUUUCAUCCUGCAUGUGCCUCAAUUGAAUUGUAACGAGAGUUUGUAAAUAAUGUAUCAUAGUAAUUUUGAGUUGUUUAGUUUACCAUAAGUUUACACCACUAAGUGCUAUAUACAUAUUUCAUAUUUUUUUUAUUUUGUAAUUGUUUUUAUGAAAAUGAUAUUGAUGUAUAUAUUAUGAAGAAUAUAGAUAUGGUUUGAACAUAUAUGUUAUGAAUAUGUGACUGUCACAACUGUGAACACAAGUAUCAUUAUUUGUGCGAUGCCAAAUUUUCCAACAAGGGGACGCAGCAACUAUUUGUCUCAAAUGUGGUUAGACAUGUUAAAGUUGAACAUAGAACAGUAAUUUCAGAAAAAAUGAAAAUAACUGUAUGUUUACAUUCCUAGAAUUUCCAUAGGGGGUAAGGAAAAUAUAAAAAAAAUCUUAUCUUUCCCCAGUUUUAACACAGAAUUUGAUUAAGAUACACAUGUAUUACAUUUGCCUAAAACAUAAAAUGAUACUUGAUAAAUCUUUGGCAUAAUAUGAAAUACAUGGUGACUGAAAUAUUUGUAUACUACCGCAAAAUUUUGUAAGGGUUCAAAUAAUGCUAUGAUGUUGUUGUCUGUGUUGUCCAAAGAUACAUUUGUUUUUUGGUCAAUAACUUAAAUUAAAGUGAAUGGAUCUCUAAGAAGGUUCAAACCACAAAAGGAAGGUUGGGAUUGUAUUAGGGAAUGAUGGUCUCAACCAUUUAGGAAUAAGGGGCCCUAAAGGGGUCUGCGUCCGUUCGUCUGUCCUUCCGUCCAUCGUUUAGGUUAAAGUUUUUGGUCAAGGUAGUUUUUGAUGAAGUUAAAUCCAAUCAACUUGAAACUUAGUACACACGUGCUCUAUGAUAUGAUCUUUCUAAUUUAAUGCCAAAUUAGAGUUUUUAUCCCAAUUUCCUGGAUCACUAUACAAAGAAAAUGAUAGUGUGAGUGAGGCAUCCGUGUACUAUGGACACAUUCUUGUUUGAAUCUCAAUUUAAUCAUCGUUGUUUUUGCAAAAUGUCAAUGAAUUAUAUCAUUGUCUUUGUUGAAUCUCAAUUUAGUUUAGUUAUAUUUGUCUAGAUCUCAAUUUUACUGCAUAGAAUUAACUGAAUGUCAAUGUAAUGGCAUUAUAUUUACUAGAUCUCAAUUUGAUGCAUAAUAUUUACAUGAUCUGAAUUUCAUAUGUCAUUAUAUAUUAGCUGAAUCUCAAUUUGCUAUGUUUUUUUUUUUAUAUUUUACAAAUAUCACUUAUACAUAUUUUGUCAUUUAAGAAUAUCAGUUCUCAUUAGAAUUAACAUGUAUAACAUUUGUUAGAAUGAUAUCCAUGUGUGAAUAUAUGCCAUUGUUUGUUGGAUAUCUUAUUUUCUCACUUUGCAUAACACAAUAUUAAAUAUUAUAAUACUGUAGGGAAAUAUUCCCUUUAUUUAUGCAAUUUGAUUGGCUACCCUGACAGGGAAUUUGGUAUAAUAUUCUAAUUUGAACAAAAAAGAAGAUAUCUACUGUAUUUAUGUUGAAAGCAGGGUGCUCCAUUAUAAGAUAUUUGUUAUUUUUACCUCACAGUUACAUCACUGAAUUAUAAAUGUCUCAUACUAGAGGGGAUACAUUUACGAUUUACCCUUAUGUGAAAUUCAUUGGAAAAUUCAGGAUAUUAUCUUCAUAUAGUAUAACAUCACUUGUGCCUUGAAAAGAUUAUUGCCUAGAACCAUGUUAACUUCAUCUAACACAUUCAUGAAAACAAUUUUUUGCAAUAAGUUUAUUUAUUUUUUAUAUGUUGAAAAUGUGCCAUUUUGAAAUCCCUCCAUUGCAUGAAAUUCUGAUAGUGUGUUGAAAUGUACAGAUGGGUGAAGAAAAUUUGGUUGUGUUAGAAUAAACAAUCUCUGACAGCCUGAAAUAAAUUAUACAAUAAAAUUCAAAAUGAAAAUGGGGAAUGUGUCAAAGAGACAACAACCUGACCAUAGAACAGACAACAGCAGAAGGUCACGAAUAGGUCUUCAAUGCAGCAGGAAAUAUACAAAUCUACUUGUGACCAUGAAUUGAUAAUGGGAACAGCCAUAUUUUAAGUUUUAUCCAAAUUUAUGUUUACAUAUUUUUACUGUUUUACAAUUUUGUUUAUUUUUAUACCAAAUAAAUUUGACAAG